GAUUCGAAAUACAUUUUUGUGUUAUAAACUUCGACGAAAAAAUGGAAACACUAGAAAAAAGACCUUUAAAAAAACCAACUAAAAUUGAAGAAAUGACGAAAGAACAAAUACGCCAAGCUAUUAUUAAGAAAAGACAAUGUAACGCCAAAGCCCAAUCUAUAGUAGAAAGUCUAUUAGAAAAAUGUGUUGACGAGGACUUUUUUCUCAAUAGUUUGUCUGACAUCAAUCAAAGCCACUUUGAUGAUGUGAUCGAAGAACGAUCUAUAUUGCAUUUAUGUGGUUAUCCUCUUUGUCAGAGAACACUGUCUGAGAAAGACAUACCAAAACAAAAAUACCGCAUAUUGGUGAAAACCAAUAAAGUAUAUGAUAUUACAGCAAGGAAAAGCUUUUGUAGUAAUAUUUGUUAUAAAUCAGCAAUGCAUGUUAAAAAACAAAUGUUAACAAGUCCACUUUGGUUUAGAGACUACGAAGAAAUACCCAAAUUUUGCCUUUUACCUUUAAAUGCAACAGGAAGCCUUGGACAAGAAAUAGAUUUAAGCUUAACAGAAAAGAUUAAUUUGAAAUCUGAGCCACAAACCUUUACAUCUAUAAAUGAUUUCUCAAAUGCUACCCUACAUGAAAUCAAUGCUUUCCAAAAUAAAAAUAAUAAUAACAAAAAUGUACAGGAGAAUCCAAAUGAAACAGAUGUAUUAAAAACUGAUAGUGACAUAACAAAACUUAAUCAAAAAGUUCAUAAAUUAAAUCUUAGCAAUGAGUUUAACGAAGGCAAUAGUAGAAUAAAAGAAGACGAUAAAUUAAAUAUCAAUAAAAACAAUAUAGCUACAGGCUCGAAUUCUACAAAAAAUAAUGCAUCAAAUCCUUUAAAUAUAGUAGGUGAAAUAAUAGAGAAACCAGAAAAGAAAAUUGAUCCUAUACUACUAAAUUCGCCCGCUAAUACUUCCAGUGCUCCGCCUAAAAACUUAAAUAUGUCCAUGCAAAAACUGACACAACAGAAGAAACAACCUUCUAUAAACAUUAUAAUGAUCGAAGUAGAAAAAUGUUUGGCUGAAUGGUUUACUUUAGACACAUUAAUAUAUCUUUUUGGUGAGGAUAAGUUGAAACAACUGGUUGCAGACAAGGGGCAGUGCAUCAAAGAUUACUUAAACAACUACUCAAAAAGCAUAUUUUACAACUCAAAUUCAUAUGAUCAAUAUCAGAUUUUGUGUCGAAAGCUUAAUAUGUUGGAAUUAGAAGAUAGACGAUAUGAUGCACAGACAUUGUCCAGGGAAACAAAACCAUUACCAGAUUACUCUAUAUUAAAAGAAGAAAGUAAGAAAAUGCAAUUGAAGGUAAAAGCAUUUUUCGCUGGAGAGACAGUAAUUCCAGAAGUUGGGAAUGAGGAGUCAGAUCUUACCAAUGUAGAUGAGAAUACAACACAAUUACCGUUAGUAGACAAAAAUGCACAGAAUGCAUUACGUCGACGAAUUGUAUGCCAUCAUUUGAAUAAGGUUUUACCAGAUUUGCUUAAGUCUCUCGGACUGCUGACAUUAACAAUUAGUUCUGAUAUCCGAUUACUUGUAAAUACAUUCAAAUUAAAAGCCAAUAACAUUAUGUUUAAACCAAUACAGUGGACAUUAAUUGCUAUUGUUUUCAUUCGGUUGUUAUCUAUCAGAGAUAAGAGAUUAGAAUAUUUAUUGGAGCAACCAACAGCAUUCCGACACAUGCAGCUUUUGCUAUUGAGUUAUAAACAAGAUGGUGGCUACUUAGAUAGACUAAUUUCAUGGCUCACGGAUAUUGACCGAUUGUUAGAUGUAAAUGAUACUCAACUUACCAUUGAGUAAUAUAUUAAUUAAUAAAAUAAUUUA